AUGGCGUGGGCUCCCCUGGCGCUGCUGCUGGUGACGGCUGCGACGGUUACGACGGCGGCGACGGCGGCGACGGCAGCGACGGCCGGCAACCGCCACUCCACCAACAUCGCGGAGGAUGCGCGCCUCAAUGUGCCGGCGCUGGUGCGCAAGUACGGCUACCCGCUGGAGGAGCACACGGUGGUGACCAGCGACGGCUACGUGCUGACGGCGCACCGCAUCCCGCACGCGCGUGGCGAGCGGCCCGUGCUGCCCGGCGCCGGCGCGCGCACGCCCGUGCUGGUCAUGCACGGCCUCAUGUGCUCGUCCGCCGACUUCCUGGUGCUGGGCCCCGGCAGCGCGCUGGGCUACCUGCUGGCGGACGCGGGCUACGACGUGUGGCUGGCCAACGCGCGCGGAAACUACUACUCGCGCCGCCACCUGUCGCUCGACCCCGACGAGCGCGAGCGCCUGGACUUCUGGCGCUUCAGCUGGGACGAGAUCGGCGAGCGCGACCUGCCCGCGCUCGUGGAGCACGUCAGCGCCAUCUCGGGGCGCCGCCGCAUGCACUACGUGGGCUACUCGCAGGGCACCACCGCCUUCCUGGUCAUGGCGGCGCUGCGGCCCGAGUACGGCGCGCGCUUCCUGUCCUUCCAGGCGCUGGCGCCCGCCGCCUUCAACGAGUACAGCGACAACCCCGCGCGCGACGAGCUCAUGCAGUACGAGAGCCUGCUGGACGCCAUCGCCUUCAGCAACGGCUUCGGCGAGGUGCUGCGGCGCCGCCCGCUGUUCGCCGACCUGGGCCUGCAGCACUGCGCCGACGGCGCCGAGCUGCAGGAGCUGUGCGCGCAGGCGCUGACGGGCGGCAGCCAGCACGUGAACCGCACGCUGCUGCCCGUGUUCGCGGGCCACAACCCGGCGGGCGCGGCGCUGCGCCAGAUCAUCCACUACGCGCAGGUGCAGCGCUUCGGCCGCUUCGCGCGCUACAACUUCGACCCCGUCACCAACAUGGCGCGCUACGGCAGCCUGCGCCCGCCCGAGUACGACGUGACGCGCGUCACCACGCCCACGCACCUGCACUACGGGCUGGGCGACGCCAACUCGCUGCCCGCCAACGUGCGCCUGCUGGCGCGCCGCAUGGGCGCGCGCGCCGUGCUGCACGCCGUGCCGCGCGCCUCCUUCAACCACUUCGACUUCAUCUGGGCCAGCGACGCGCGCGCGCAGCUGUACGAGCCGGUGCUGGCGCUGCUGCGGCGACACGACGAGUAGCCGACGACUUUGUUUAUUUAUCUAAAUGAUGAUGUUAAUUUUCUGUUUGGAUCUGUAACGAACCACUCGUCCUCAAGUCUAGAGGAAUUACUGUACUCAUUUAAAACAAACAAUUAUGUACU